UUACAGGCAUGAGCCACCAUGGUUACUAAAGGGGGUGAACUGUUUAAGUCCCUCUUUUACAAAUAAGAGAGAAUUCAGUCAAUAAUUUGUCCAAGGGUAGCUCAGAAUGGAACCAUAAUGUCAAAUCUUUGCAAGUUCCUUCUCUGUUCUUCUGUUAUACUCUAUUCUUUUACUCGGCCCUUGAAACAUUCACCUGUCAUGAUUAGCAUUCCCAGUCACCACAAACUCCUAAGAGAUAAAUUGGCAAAGCCUAUUCUGAAGCAGUAAUUUUAUCCUAAAAGCCACCAAACUCUUUAACAUUUCUUCUGACUCCAUGGAAUGCUUUCUAAAUUUAUAUUCCUGGCAGUAUGAAUGCAUAGGUUUUUAAAUGCAGGAUUUGCCCCCAUUUAAAAUGUUCUUUGAAUAUUUCAUUGGCUGCGAAUCCAUUAGACUCUACCAUGGAGCCCUGUGUGUUUCUAUACAUAAGGGCUCUUUCAGGCUGUUAAUGCCAAGGGGCAGGUUUUUCUCAUAGAGAAGAACUCGGGCAGCAAGGACAAAGGGGCAACAGGCCAUGUGCUACCUCAACAAACAGCAGCAGCAUUAUGCAGUCACAACCUUCCCUUGUCACUAAGCAACAAAAGAAUUGACCUCCAGAGAUUCUCUUUCCUGAAGACAUCCUCCAAAAAAGACAAGAGGGAAGUUUGCCUUUUCUGCUCCCUUCUUGGAAAGAUGCAAAGUGCGUUAGUAGGCUCCUGGCACAACAAUGGCUUCUAUGGGCACUACAGAAGCCAAUUCAAGAGUGAAAGUGCUAGAGAAUACCGCCUUGCAGCCAAGCCCCAGCCUCCAGCAGUGUUCCUGCAGCGAUGUCAGGAGCCGGCGCAGCAACACUUCUUCUCCAAGCAUGACAACCGUACUUCCUUUGACAAAGGCCCCUACUGCCUGCUGCAGGGAAUUGGAAGGCGGAAGGACCUGGAGCGCCUGUGGCAGCGGCACACCUUCCUGCGCUGGGCACCCUGUGAGAUAGAGUUGCGCCAGCAAGGGCCCCUGGAAUCUUCUUACCAGGCUGAUUUCCGACCAGGCCCAGGACUCAGUGGCCUCCCCCAGCGCCUCGUCCACUUUGUGCAGGUCCAGCCUUCCCAUGCCAGGACCACCUACCAGCAGAACUUCUGCUACCCAUCCCGGGGUGGCCACUGUGGCAGUUACAAGGUAGGGCCCCAGGCGCCAGUCACAGACAUACUGCCUGACCUCCCAGUGAUCCCAAGACCCAAGCUGCUGCAGCACUACCUUCAUGCUGGGGUCUCUGAGUGUCUAAACUGGUCCAGAGCAUUAAACAAGGACAGCUGACACAGCAGCCUCUCUGUGCUUGC